UUAUGUUUGGGGUGAUCGGCAUGAGAUGUAGUAUCGUCAGUUUUGCCUCGCAGCAUUCCCUUUCACCACGAGUGGGACUAAAUACAAAAAACGCAUUUAUCUGCCUCAAUGUGUGUGACAGAGGAGUCUGCUCUUGUUCUUUGCCAAACAUAUACCAGAUGACCAGCCUGGUGCCCUCCCUGAUUCAGAGCAAAACCAAGGUCAAUUGUCUGUGUGUGCUUGUGUUCCUGAGCUUCCCCCUCACCAUGGGUGAGGUGCCCGGCCCCUGCAGACAUUCCAUAACCAGGGAGCACCUCAUGACGCUCAGACACCUGUCUACGACUGAGCCCCUGUUGUUUCCACAGAUGGAUAACCAGUUUAGUAGUGGGUGUAUGAUUACCUACACAUUUAUAGAGCGGAAGGAUUUGAGCAAAUGUUGCUUUGUAAAAGCGGCCUUACCGUGGAUCUUGGAGCUGCUUGCGACCCACUUCAAGUACAGCAGGGGCUCAAUUAACGAGGGUUACGUUCAGUCUCUGAGGGCGCUCAUUCUCAACAUCUACUCUCAGAAAUGUGUUCCUCAGAUUAACGAGGAAGUUGAGGACAAACCAGAAAGUUUUGAAGUGUCCUUUCAACAGUCUCCUCUCGAAGCACUUAGGAGGGCCUUGGAGGUGUUGUCUGUCUACUGGGAGCUUAUGACCACCAUGGAGGGGCCUGUAGACUGGCAGUGUGAGAGCGAAUACACUGUGGCCUUUGUGGUCAGCACAGAAGUACCUACCAACCUGCCCACCGUCCACUUUACAACAGACAGGGCUGAGAAGUACUCAAUGAACGCGUCCCCGAGACGUUUGGAAACAGAUUUUUAUAAACUUGGCUUUAUAAUCACUUCCAUCUGCGGAGGAAUUCUGAUUAUAUUCUUCCUCUCCUACAUGUUCUUACAAAAGAUUCGGCGGAGACAUGCAGAUCACAGACCUGGAGCCAUGAUAAUAUUCAGCAGAGAGCUGCAAACCACAGUUCUGGAGGCAUGAUAAUGGAGGAGCUCCCAGAACUUAAAGGCAAUGACAGCACAUGAAUUGAGCAGUGUAUGACGAACACAUGAAGGUGGACAUUCGAUUGAUUAAUCAUCAAGGACACAAGAGUUAACAUAUUUUCAUAUGUAUAAUGUACCAUCUGAACCAUAUGUCAUCAGAGCUUGGCUUUAAGUGGAAGCAAGAGUUUUUAUUUAGAAUAAUGUGCUUUGUAUAUUAAUGUUUAUGCUGUAUCCAUGGCUUAUAUUUUUCUAUUUAGUUGAGAAAACAAAAUAUUUAUUUUUACAAUAGUUAUCUAUGUUGAACAAUGUGUCUAUCAUAUGUAACAUAAACACUUUCUUAUCUAUUGUUAAAGCUGUUUCCCAAAUGUUUCAAUCACUAAUUUAUUAUAUGUUAAAAUUGUCUGUAUAAUAAUAAUCUAUUGAUGCAUUAAAAAUCCAUAUUAAAUCACCACUGCAACGCUUUGAUAACAGUGGGAAUGAAAUGUGACACCCAACAAAAUCCCUUUGAGACAUCCGAUCUAUUAACACUAGUGGAUUGGUUAAGGUCGUGAUCCUUUUAUUGCCUGUUGGUUUAACUUUCCAUUUCAUAAGACUCUCAAAGCUCCAGCCAAACUUCAAAAGAGUGGGCCUUUUUAGGAGGCCUACCCUGCCAAAAAUAAUGUUAACCAAGGCAUCCUCCUCUUAAAAAGAUUCUGGGUAACAAUAAAAACAUUCUGGCUAUAAGGAAAGAAAACAAAACAUAUGAUUCAACUUUGUAUUAAAUGUUUAAUACUUUGGAUUACGUAAACCAUGAUCAAAGCCUGGCAACAAUACAUUAUGUUAUUAAAGGUAGUAAAAAAUAAUGGAAUGUGGCAUUUCUGAUACUUAAAGGAUAAAGGGGUUUAUAAUGCUGUCUUUCAGACAGGUGAGCAUUAUGUUGCGUAACAACUGUUUUGUUUUCAUAGUGAUAGCAUGACAUGUGGAUCCCAGAGGAUUACAUCCCUGACCUUUUUUGUGGAAAUGGCUGCUACAUGUGAUCAUGUGCAUGUGUGGGGCCUAAAGCCUAUAUUUUAUCCCUGUCACAAUACAAAUCCCUCGAAAGUCCAAAAAUAUGUGAGGAGUGGAUUGUAAAAAAAACGUCAAAGAUUACUACUGAUCAUUGUAAAUAAAAGUAUAGUUGAUGUGCAAUUUUUCUACUUUUAAUUUGGUGAUCUAUUUUUAAUUUCUAUUAUUAUUUUCCUGCAGCAGAUUAAAGGCAUCUGUGUAACAGAAAACAACCCACCCUUGUCAUGGCUCCCAACUAUUUGCGAAAAAAAAGAAUUGGAAGUUUCCCAAAAACAGUUAAGACUGUUCUGAAAGAAAGCUAUUAUUUUCUUGUUUUCCUUUCUUGAUUUCUUCUUUCCUUCUAUCUUUCCUUUUUCUUCAAUUCUUGCUCAGUCGCUCUCUCCUCUGUCUCUCUACCUUUCUGACUUGGAGGGAGCUGUGAAACAGCUGUUUUUAAGUUUAGGCUUACCACAACAAAGAGAACAUUUGGCUGUGUCAGAUAUUUAUAUUGAUGGUGUUAUCCAAGGGCUCUACACAUGCUUCAUAUUUGCAUAGACACAUGGUCACUUCAUUUAGUGAGAGAAAAACAUGAACAUUUGCAUAAUAGUUAUUGUCAUAUAUAAUCGUACACCGAUUAAUUUGUUUACUUUUACGCUACAUUCUUUAAAUGGAAAUACAAUUCACCGUUUUAUUGAAGAUACUUUGUGAAAUUAUGAAAAAGAGCUGUGAGUGAUGUUUAAAACACAGAAAGUAGCCUUCACAAGACAUUUCUCUUCCCUUUAAACACGCUAAUGAGAAUCAUCAGUUCAUUCCUUUCCUGCUGUAAGACUGUUUUACUCCACAGGAUGGAAGCAAAGGGACCAAAAUAAUCCUCACCAUGUCAUAAUCAGUUAUGACUAGUGACAUUUUAACUUGGGAAGACAUGAACAUUUGAUAAGGAUUUUGUGAAUAACACACUUAAUUUAACUUAUUUAGUUAUGGCUUUCAUCUGGCAUACAGAAAAACAGAAAAACAAAGUCAGAAAACAUCUAAAAACACAACUGGGAUACAGUUCAAAAUCGAAAUAGACGUAACGUGGUUCUAAAUCAAUUUAUGAUAGAGGCUUUUAUAGAAGGCACGGGUUACCUUGGGACAUAUCUCCAUUGAUAAAUUGAUGAGAUAUGAUAGAAGAUCCUAAACAUUUAUGGAGGCAGCAAGGCGCAAACAGUAGACGGCUUCAGUUGGAAUGUCUCUGGCACUAAUCUUAUUUGCAU